AUGGCUUCGACAACAUCCCUCUCCCAGUCCUCCGCCUCGUCGGUCAAGGCAAUGGAGCGCGAGUCCCAGCACAGCAAUGUCCACGAAAAGCACAACCACCUCCACGACGCCGAGCCCGUGACCGACCACACCGAGGCCAACAUCCUGCCCGCCGUCGAGAGCGAGCCCCAGUCCGAGAAGGUGCCCUAUGGGGACGCCGAGAAGGGCGGUGCCCCUCCGGCCCCGCCAAACCCCAUGGACCCCAAGAACUUCCCCGACGGCGGCCUUGACGCAUGGCUGUGCGUGCUGGGCGGCUUCUGUGCCCUCUUCUGCAGCUUCGGCUGGAUCAACUGCAUCGGCGUCUUCCAGGAAUACUACCAGACCCAUCAGCUCAGCCAGUACUCUGCAAGCACCAUCUCGUGGAUCCCGUCGUGUGAAGCCUUCAUGAUGUUCUUUGGCGGUCCCAUCAUCGGCAAGCUCUACGACAACUACGGUCCGCGCUGGAUCCUUCUCGUCGGCAGCUUCCUGCACGUUUUCGGCUUGAUGAUGGCCAGUCUGUCAUCGCAGUACUACCAAUUCAUCCUGUCUCAGGGAAUUGUCUCGGCCAUGGGUGCAAGCGCCAUCUUUUACCCAGCCAUGUCCACCAAUGCGACCUGGUUCUUCCGCCGUCGCGCGCUUGCCUUUGGCCUCAUGGCUGCCGGCUCGUCCAUCGGCGGUGUCUGCUUCCCCAUCAUGGUCUCGCACCUCAUUCCCCAGGUCGGCUUCCCCUGGACCAUGCGCAUCUGCGCCUUUCUGAUCCUCUUCCUUAUGAUCAUUGCGAACUUGACCAUAAAAUCGCGCAUCCCGCCCAUGCCCAAGCCGCUGGCCCCCAUGGAGUUCGUGCUACCCUUCAAGGAGAUGCCCUUCCUCUUCCUGACCAUCGGCUCCUUCCUCUUCUUCAUGGGCAUGUUCCUCCCCAUCAACUACCUGAUCGUGCAAGCCACCGCCGAAGGCAUGUCCGUCCGGCUGGCCGGCUACCUCAUCCCCAUCCUCAACGCGCUUUCCCUCUUCGGGCGUGUCCUGCCCGGCUACAUCGGCGACAAGGUCGGCCGCUACAACGUGAUGCUGGUGCUCUGCUCGCUGACGGCCGUGCUCGACCUGGCGCUGUGGAUCCCGGCCUCGGGCAACGCCGCGCUCAUCGUCUUCGCCGCCGCCUACGGCUUCGGCAGCGGUGCCUUCGUCUCCAUGGCGCCCGCCCUCAUCGCCCAGAUCUCCGACGUGCGCAAGAUCGGCGUCCGCUCCGGCGCCAUGUUCGCCGUCAUCAGCAUCGCCGCCCUCGUCUCCAACCCCAUCGCCGGCGCCAUCGUCCAGGCCGAGAACGGCAGCUUCACCGGCCUCCAGAUCUUCUGCGGCGUCAUGCAGAUUGCCGGCGCCGUCUUCAUCUUCUUCAGCAGGACGGCGCUGGUGGGUUUGAAGUUGAACGUCAAGGUCUGA